AUGGCGACUCACCUGCUUACCGCUCUGCUGUGCUGCUCUACGGCUCUUCUCCUGGUGGCGGCCACUUCCCUUGCCGUAACUUGCGACGACGACGGAGGGGCGGCGGCGGCGAGCCUGGCCGUGCGACACAUCAACGAGCAUCACAAGCACGGCUACAAGUUCAAGCUGGACGCACCCCCGGCCAGCAACUUUCAACAGGGGCCAGACGGUUGCCAGAUUGAUCUCCUGUUGAAGUUGAGGCAGACCAAAUGUCACGUCAGCAACCCCAAAUCCCACGAGGACUGCGAAGUCAUGUCGUUAGGAGACCGGGGCGCGUUGGCCACCUGCAACAGCAGGGUUGACGUGAUAGGGGGCGUGGCCACUGUUAUCAGUCAUAAUUGCGACACCAAAGCAGAGAACACCAACGCUGAGAUGGUACUGAUUUGUCCCGACUGCCCUAGCUUGUCGCCUUUGGACGACGAGACGGGCGUGAAGGCGGUUCAGGCGGCCGUCAAAAACUACAACCAGCAGCACAACCACCAGAACUACUUUCGCCUGAUGGAGAUUUCACAGCUGACGUCCUACUACAUCCCAGGCAUGGGCACCUUCAUGAGUCUGGAGUUCGCCCUGGUGGAGUCGGUCUGUCCGAAAGAUUCCAGGAUCGUCCUAGAGACCUGUGAGGCACGCUGCCCCGAUCGAGCUCAUCACGCCUUCUGCAAGACGACCUACAACAUCAUCGGAGGAGAAUUUGGAAAUCUUGAAUGUGAACUUUAUCUCCCCAAAGAUAUCAGCCCGCUAGCCGACGGCCAGACUGAGCCCACGUGCGUGUUGUUCCACGACAGUCAGGAAGAUGCCGCCUGCCACCACCAUGUUAGCAGCCAACAGAAGGAGAUCCACCAGAUUUGCCCCUUCCCGCCUGACGUGUCGCAUGCGGGGCAUGCGCACGGGCAUGGGCAUGAGCAUUCGCAUGGGCAUGCGUAA